AUGACUAAUAAUAAAGAAUUAAAAUUUUCUAUUGAUAAAAUUUUAAGCGAUGACUUUGGUGGUGGUAAAAAAGCAAAAAAUACUAUGACAAAUGUUACGGUAGAAUUGGAAAAUAGUGAAUUAUGGAAAAAAUUUUAUGAAUUAGGAACUGAAAUGAUUGUUACAAAAAGUGGACGUAGAAUGUUCCCUGUUUUACAAAUUAAAAUUAAAGGAUUAGAGAUUAAAAAGAAAUAUUCAUUGUCGUUGAAAUUUUUUUUAAUGUCAACAAAAAAGUAUCGGUAUAGUUUCCAUCAAUCAAAAUGGGUAACUUGUGGUGUUGGUGAAGAGAAUGUUGGAAGUAAAAUAUUUAUUCACCCCGACAGUCCAUCCUCUGGUAAUUAUUGGAUGAAACAUAUAAUUUCUUUUGAAAAAUUAAAAUUAACAAAUAAUGUAUUUGAUAGAAAUGGACAUAUAGUUGUUAAUUCUAUGCAAAAAUAUAAUGUACUAUUUACAAUAAUAGCACAUCAUGAUGAUAAUAAUUUUCAUGAAAUAGAAGAAAAACAUUUUUCAUUUAAAGAAACAGAGUUUAUGGCUGUUACAGCUUAUCAAAAUCAUCAGAUAACUCAACUUAAAAUAGAAAGAAACCCAUUUGCAAAGGGUUUUCGAGAAAUAGAAAGUGAAUUAUUUAUUAAAAAAGAUAUUUUAGAUUUAUUUUAA